CUAGGAGGUUACCGUGAGAAAGAAUAAGGUGGAUUGGAUUGUUUGGUUCGAAUUUAGCCGUCUGUGGGUCGAACAGGCGCGGGCGACGGGUGAAGAACCAACGUGUUUGGGGGUGAGGCGCUCCGCGUUUACCGUGUAAAAUAAUUGCAACGUUGCUGCUGGACAUUACAUAGCUUAUUUAGCCAGAUUUGUAACGUGUUCAAUCGUUUUGUGUAUGGUGUAUGUGGUGAAGUGGAAGAACGUUGUCAUCCAGUUAUUGCAACUAUAAACAGUGAAUGGAUCCUGAUAACUUCUUAGAAGCAGCGAAUUAAAAUCAUUGAUGUAUGGUUAACUCAAAUAAAUAAAUAGUGAUCUCAUCAACAGUUACAUGGCAAAAACAAUUUUAUUAAACAAUUAGUGACAAUGUCUUAUAAUUCCACGCUCGACGAUUUCUGUGGAUCUGAAUUUUGGGACAGCAACUUAACAUGGUAUACAGAUAACCCCAAAUUCACCCCCUGUCUGGAAAGAACUGUAUUAGUAUGGAUACCUUGCCUCUACCUCUGGGUGACCGCCUUCCUUGAUGCCUACUACAUUAUAAACAGCAAAGAGAGGAAUAUACCAUGGAACAUUUUAAACUUAAGCAAACUGCUUGUCACAUGUCUGCUGAUACUCCUCAAGUUUGUGGAUUUGGGGGUGACAGUUCACAAGUCUUCAAAAGAGGAAGAAGAUGUCUUCAAUGCAGACUACUAUGCACCAACUGUCAAGAUACUCACUUUUAUUUUAUCAGCAACGUUGUUAUACUACAAUAGAAAAUAUGGUAUGAGAGCGUCGGGGGUACUAUUUUUCUUCUGGUUACUUUUAAUAUUGGCGGGGUUACCGCAACUUAGAUCUGAAGUGAUGUCACACUAUACGCUCACUGAAGACGAGAAUGUACAGUACAAUUUCGUUAGUUAUAUGAUAUACUACUCUCUGAUAAUAUUGAUGUUUAUAUUAAAUUGCUUCGCCGACUUGCCGCCGAGAGAUACGCCGUAUAAAUUUGAGAAGAACCAAUGUCCGGAAAGUGCGGCUGGGUUUCCGAGCCGAUUGACAUUCAGCUGGUUCGAUCCGUUGGCUCUCACCGGGUUCCGUAGAAGUUUGACGGAAAGCGAUCUCUGGGCACUCAAUCCUCCAGAUUCAUCGAAAGAAGUCGUGCCAAAAUUUGACAAAUUUUGGGAGAGAACGCUCAAGAAAAGAGAGAACAUUAACGGUACAAAAGCGACCUACAGUAAAAACUCAGCAAGUGUUAAUUUCAAACCGGAGAAAGAAAGGAAGCAUGCGUCGAUACUGCCGGCUUUGUGUCUUGCGUUUGGUGGACAGUUUCUUUUUGGCUCUCUCUUGAAACUUAUCAAUGAUAUUCUUAUGUUCGUGUCGCCGCAGAUACUUAAGCUAUUAAUAGGAUUUGUCGAAAGUAAAGAGCCUGUAUGGAAGGGCUAUCUCUACGCUGUUGGUCUCAUAGCGUGUGCCACAGCCCAGACGAUGUUGCUGGCUCAUUACUUCACGAGGAUGUACCUGGUGGGCAUGAGGAUACGGACCGCGCUCACUAGUGCCAUUUAUAGGAAAUCUCUAUGCAUAUCGAAUGCAGCGAGGAAAGAAUCUACUGUGGGCGAGAUUGUCAACUUGAUGUCCGUAGACGCACAGAGGUUUGUGGAGUUGACAGCAUAUUUAAACAUGAUAUGGUCCGCGCCCCUACAAAUCGCCCUGGCCCUGUACUUCCUGUGGGGUAUUUUAGGCCCAUCCGUCCUGGCGGGGUUAGCUGUGAUGAUAGUACUUAUACCGGUCAACGGACUUAUUGCUAAUAGAGUGAAAACACUACAAAUUAGACAAAUGAAGUACAAAGAUGAACGCGUCAAGUUGAUGAAUGAAGUGCUUAAUGGGAUUAAGGUGUUGAAAAUGUACGCCUGGGAGCCAAGUUUCGAGGAGCAAAUACUAAAAAUACGAAACAAAGAGAUGAAUGUGUUGAAACAGACCGCGUAUCUCAACUCUGCGACGUCAUUCAUAUGGUCAUGUGCACCGUUCUUGGUGACCUUCUUAACUUUCUUCACGUAUGUGAUUUCUGACCCCGAGAACAAUAUACUGAAACCCGAUACUAUAUUUGUAUCGAUGUCCCUGUUUUACGUUAUGCAUUUGCCUUUAGGCCUGCUCCCCAUCAUCGUGGUGUCGAUAAUCGAGACAGCUGUGGGUAUUAAAAGGUUAAACAAAUUCAUGAAUUGUGAGGAACUAGAUGUGGAAUCUGUUGAACACGACCCCAAAGAACCGAAUCCUUUGGUGAUUGAGAACGGUCACUUCUCGUGGGGUGACGACGAAUCUCAACCCACUCUGAAGAAUAUCAACGUGCGAAUACCCCGGGGUAGCCUCGUGGCCGUGGUUGGGGCGGUGGGUUCAGGCAAGAGCUCGCUGCUCUCCGCAUUUCUGGGCGAAAUGAACAAAGUCUCCGGACGGGUUAACACUACAGGUACUGUGGCAUACGUGCCGCAACAGGCGUGGAUCCAGAACGCGACGCUGCAAGACAACAUAAUUUUCGGCAAGCCGUUGGAAAAAAGCAAGUACAACAAUGUGAUCACUGUGUGCGCGCUCAAGCCGGACUUUGACGUGCUGCCCGGUGGGGACCAAACUGAGAUUGGGGAGAAAGGUAUUAAUUUGUCGGGUGGUCAAAAGCAACGAGUGUCUCUUGCCCGCGCCGUCUAUUUUGAUGCGGAUAAUUACUAUCUUGACGACCCGCUCAGUGCUGUGGACUCGCAUGUGGGGAAGCACAUAUUUGAUAAGGUAAUCGGCCCAAGCGGCUUACUGAAAGACAAAACACGCGUUUGGGUAACACACAACGUAUCAUACCUCGCGCAAACCGAUCACAUACUGGUAUUGCGGGACGGAGAAGUUUCAGAAGCGGGAACAUAUCAACAACUUCUGGAGAAGAAGGGUGCCUUUGCAGAGUUCCUUUUACAUCAUUUGAGUGAUGCUGAACGGACUUCUCCAGAAGAAUUGGAUGAAAUAAAACAAGACUUGGAAAGCAAACUCGGAUCAGAAUUCCAAAACAAACUACAGAGAGCUCGCUCGUUAUCUGAAAGCGCAUCCGAGUCGGAACAACCAGCAGCAGGUGACAGAAGCGGCUCUGUUAAAAGACGCACUCCGGAUGCUGCAUCUCCUAAUGACAUUAAAGAGAAAAACAAGCUUAUCGAUGCUGAAAAAAUGGAGACUGGGAGUGUUAAGUGGAGCGUUUACAAGCAUUACCUGACGUCGGUGGGUGUGGCUGCUUCUGCUAUCACGAUACUGAUGAACCUGGUGCUGCAGCUGUUCCAGGUCGGCUCCAACUACUGGCUGGCGAAGUGGUCUAACGAUGACACCAUGUUAGUGAACGGCACCGUUGACAGAGGUAGAAGAGACAUGUACCUCGGUGUGUACGGCGGUCUCGGAGUUGGACAAGUGGUGUCGGUGUCGGUGUCGUCGCUGGCGCUGUACCUCGGCACGCUGGCGGCGGCGCGCGUGCUGCACGCGGCGCUGCUCGCGGGCGUGCUGCGGGCGCCCACCAUCGGCUUCUUCGACUGCACGCCCGUCGGCCGCGUGCUCAACCGGUUCAGCAAGGACGUGGACGUGCUCGACAACGUGCUCCCGAUGACGCUCCGCGGCUGGACCUCCUGCUUCUUUGCGGUAUUGGGAACUCUGUUUGUGAUCAGUUUCUCGACGCCAAUAUUUAUCGCAGUAAUCCUGCCGAUUGGAGUCAUAUACUACAUAAUCCAGCGGUUCUACGUGGCUACGUCGAGACAGUUGAAGCGGCUCGAGUCGGUCUCUCGUUCACCCAUAUAUUCCCAUUUUGGGGAGAGCAUAACUGGCGCGUCUACCAUUCGGGCGUAUGGAGUGACUCAGAGAUUCAUAGAAGAGUCCGAGCGCGGCGUGGACCAUAAUCAGUCGUGCUACUACCCGAGCUGCAUAGCCAACCGUUGGCUAGCGGUGCGUCUUGAGAUGAUGGGCAACCUCAUUAUAUUUUUCGCGGCGCUGUUCUGCGUGUUGGGUCGCGACACCAUCAGCGCUGGCCUAGUGGGUCUCUCCGUUAGCUACGCUCUACAGAUAACACAAACAUUGAAUUGGCUCGUUCGGAUGACUUCGGAAGUUGAGACCAACAUAGUUGCGGUAGAAAGAAUAAAAGAAUACGCAGAAACUAAACAGGAAGCGGCGUGGACAGUGGGCUCGGGCCCGGGCUCCACGUGGCCGGAGACGGGCGCGCUGCAGCUGGAGCGGCUGUCGCUGGGCUACCGCUCGGGCGAGCCCGCGCUGCGCGACCUCACGUGUGCGGUGGCGCCGCAAGACAAGCUCGGCAUCGUGGGCCGCACCGGCGCCGGCAAGUCCACGCUCACGCUCGGCCUCUUCAGGAUAGUAGAGGCGAUGAGCGGCAAGAUCCUCAUCGACGGCAUAGACAUAUCGACGAUAGGGCUGCACCAGCUGCGCUCGCGUAUCACAAUCAUCCCGCAGGACCCCGUGCUGUUCUCGGGUACACUGCGCAUGAACCUGGACCCCUUCGGCGUGUACUCGGACGAGGACAUCUGGCGCUCCUUGGAGCAUGCACAUCUUAAAGCCUUCGUACAAGGUCUUCAAGCAGGCCUCCUGCACGAGAUAUCGGAAGGCGGUGAGAACUUGUCAGUGGGUCAAAGGCAGCUAGUGUGUUUGGCGCGCGCGCUGUUGAGGAAGACUCCGUUGUUGGUGUUGGAUGAAGCCACCGCCGCCGUCGACUUGGAGACAGACGAGCUUAUACAGAAAACGAUCAGAUCGGAGUUCGCGUCGUGCACCGUGCUGACGAUCGCGCACAGACUGAACACCAUCAUGGACUCGACGCGCGUCAUGGUGCUGGACCGCGGCCAGCUGGUGGAGUUCGCGCCGCCGCAGCAGCUGCUGCAGGACAAGAGCUCCAUCUUCUACUCCAUGGCCAAGGACGCCGGCCUCGUCAACUGAACCUCAUCAGUUGGUCAGUCUUCACACAUCGACCAAUUUUACAUCUAUCCAUCUAUUCAAUUUUUGAAUUUGAACUUUUAACUGCACAGUUUUGACUGUAUAGUUUUAUCUAAUGAUAUUUUGGUUAGAUUUUACAUAUUUAGUUCAACUGUGCAGUUCUCAGAUUUGCCUACACACGGUUUAACUCGAACAUAAACUUAAACAUCUAUGCUGAACAGUUCGACUAUACAGUAUAGACGUGCCCUAGGAUUCUUGGCUACCGAUAUGGAAUUCUAUUAUGAUACUAAUAAUAGACUUGACCUCGGGGGCCAGGCUUACCCUAGGAAAUAAUCCUAUGAGUAGAUACGCAAAUGCUAUACAGUUAAAACUUUAAAAUAUUUCGAUACUGUAAGGACCCUCGUGCUUACUGUAAGAAAAGCUAAACACUGGCUCAUCUCUACACUGGUAGGGGGGCAAGCAGACCGCGAACGAUCACUCAGGUCAAACGCCGGUGACAGACUGACUCAAAGAGUAUGUAAUCCUUGGACUGACUCAUUGCCCUCACUACCAAUGUACAUGAGAUAGUGUAUGUAGUAUUGUAGGUAUCUAUUUAGUAUACACAAACAUACAGAUACAUUUCACAACAGUUUUCCAAUUAAAAUGUCCGAAAGGCAAUACUUACAACUGUACAGUUUUUUCUAAUAAAAUUUCGAUUAAAUAAAACUAUAGAUCCGUUGGGCUAUAAUUUUGAAUGAAAAUAACAUCCAGUGAAAAUGUAAUGUUUGUUUAAAAACUGUUUGUCCUUUGAUUAGGAUUGUUGUUAGAAUACUGCACCAGUUAAUAUUAUAGUAUACUUGAAAAACUGAUUGUAUGAUUUGGGUGAUGUUUAUACCAUUGUGAUUGUUGAAAGUUUUUUUCAUUGUGUAAGAAAUAAAGAUAAGUUAUAAGGCGUACAGAACUUAACAUUAACAAAUAAGACAAUACUUAAAAAACUCAAUUUUAUUAUAUUGACAAAAAAAUCAAAUUAUUUUUAGUUACUCGUUUGCUUAAUGUUGGAAUAUUGUAUUUACCAAGUACUUAUUACUUAACAGGGAAUGUGAUAUAUAGUGUCGCUUUAUUUUGUUACAUUACAUACGAUAAGAUUGUUUUGGUAUGUAACCGUAAUGUAAAAUGUGGUGUAUAUACCAUUUAUGUUUUAUCCAUUAUUUACGGCACACCCUGUAUAAUACAAGGAUGGCAUUCAAGAUAAAUGUGUGCUAUGGUCAAAUCUAACCACACUUACAGUUUAAUAUUAUAAAGCUGAAUUUGUUUGUUUUUUUGAACACGCUUAUCUCAGAAAUUAUAAAGGUUUAAGGGAGGAAUUAUAAGGUUUGAAUUUUUAAAAAAAUACAGUAAGUACUUAUAGCCCAUUGAGGAAGGCUGUAGACUAUACUAUAUAACAUUAGGUAUAUAGUAUAUACCUAUAAUUUUUGCUAAUGAACCAGCGGGGCACGGUUAGCUUAAACCAGUAGAUCGAAUCUUGAAUAUAUAUGUGACUUAUGACGUCACAAUGCACACUUGUGUUAGAAGUGUGAUACAAUUUGAAUGUCACAUUGACUGAGAGUCCUUAAAACGUCUGUGUGUUGACUGGAGUUGUCUUGUUGUAAAUAUAUAAGAUUUUGAUGUAUAUGCCCAGUAUAUUAGCGUGUCUCAGUAAGUAGGUAGGUAUACAUAUAAUAUAUUUUAUAAUUAAUGCCCUCGUAAACUGGCAAUUGAUCGAUUUGUUAAUAAAUUAGCCAAAAUGACUAACGUCCUCAUUCGUAAUACGCAUCAUAGUAUUAUAUUAUAGUGUGUAAUAUGCGCACUGGAAUUUAAGUAAUGGCAUCCAAACAUGCGCUUUCUUUACAAUUUACAAUUCAAAAGUAAGCCUUAUAUGCUGUCAUCUAAAGAUUCAUUAUCUCUUACCAUAAUUAAACUUAAUUGCAGUAUAUAUUUCUCUUUUUCCUUCUAAGGGGAACGAAAAUUAUAUACGCGUAAUAUUCUAUACUGAGCCAUUCAAUUCAUUUUAGAGAGCAAUUUGACUUGAAUCUAAUCAACGGGCGCCAGAACUUGAGCGAUAUAUUCCAUGAAGUAUUUGCAAUUUCAUAAUAAUAUAAAACGCAAGUAUUUUGUAUAUCUCUGCAAUAAAUUAACGCGGCAUCUAUGAUGACUAGGCUCAAGUCAGUUUAACCAUAUUUUAAAUUUUAAAAAAAAUUCUUUACUUAACAUUUAAGGUCCAUUAUCACAUCGGAUUUUACAUUAGAAUUGAUUUAGUUGUCCGUUCACGAGGGCCCCAACUAAUGCUGAAGACUGAUUGACACAUUCUAAGAAACAUGUCACUCGGGGUGUUGGGUUAUAUAAUUUAUCAAUCAAUCUGCAGUAUUAUGGAAAUGUAAGUAAAAUCGAUUUAUUAUUUUGUGGCAAUUAUUGUGCACAUGUAGUUACCACUCCAGACCGCCCGUUACUUAUUUUAUUUAUAGCUAGAUGUACUAUAAUAUUAUUUUUACCGUAUUUAGAAUAUAUUUAAUUAAUUAUUAUUAUUGACAAUUCAUUAAUUUUUAUUUACACUUAAAGCUUAUAAGGGAUGACAUUUAAAAACAUUUACAAAAAAAUUGCAGUCAGAAGUCUGUUAUACAGAUAUAUGUUUUUUUUUCUAUUAUAAGUAAUAAAAUCUUAUGUCAUGAGAAGAUUUGUAAUAAAGAGCAGUUUGUGUAAUAAAUAUUGAUGUCAAUCUUUAUAAGGAAGAGUUUAAUUACAUAAUUUUAUUUAAAUAAUAUUGUGUUAAUUCGAUAUAACUGUGUGCUUAAGACGUACUUAUAAAUUUAAAAUACGUGUUCGGUAGCUUUAACGGAUUAUUAUUUUACAUUUUAUUUUAAUUUAGACGUGGCAAUAACUUAAUAGGUAAAAAAGAAACAAAACUUAAAUGUUACACUUCCGAUACCAUACAUGAGAUAGUGUUUUUUUUUUUUUAUUUUUACAUAUUGUAUUAUUUACCAACUUGAUUGAUAGUUAAUCUGUUUUCAAAUAUAAGCCAGUAAUUAUCAGUAAAAUAUUAGAAAGGAAAACUUGGGCAAAUAAAAACGGCUUCAUACUUAUUAUAUUUCAUAUUAUUUGUACUAUACUUUGUUUAUGCACCGUAUGAGAAAUAUAUAGAAACGAAAACUUUACAAAUUCGUUUAGUGCUUCAAAUUUUAACUGUGAAUCAAUAUACUUAACUAAACUAACUAUUUUAAAAUACGUGAUUUUAUCAUAUUCAACCGUCAAUUUGAAUGUGUUCCUUAUACAAAAUUUAAUCCUUCCCAGUGAAUGAAAGACAUUAAACUUAUAUGCGUAUAUUGUUACUACCACUUGGUGUGUUUGUUGAUGACACUCCCAUGAUAUGCGGGCGACGGGAGGAAAGACUGCGUCAGUCGUGAGUUUUCCAUUCAUCGCUACACGCACCCCGGCCCGCGCGGACCAUUUUUUUUUUGCAUACGCCACUGUACAUCAUAAUGUUAAAUAUUGUCUCCUCGUCGUUAUUUAUGAAAUGAAUUUACUAAGUUGACUGUUGGUGAUGUAUUUGCUUGCAAUAAUUCCUUGUACCUAAUAUUUCAUAGUUGUAACUCUUAAUCGCCAGCAAUAUUUUACUCAAAGUUUACUGUUAAGUAGGUAUGUAUAACUUGUUACUGACGUGUUCUAUAAUUAAUAUAGUUACGGGUUUGCGUAGAUUUUCUUUUUCACAGUGAAUUGUCAUUGUUAUUCGAAAAUAUUAAAACUCUGAAGUCUUUCUGUAUUAUCGAAAGCACAUAAUUAAUAGCUUAACAGACUAUAAAAAUUUUCCAUCCUUCAUUAAAGGGAUGAAUGAUAUUGUAUUUUUGUUAUAAUGUUUUGUUUGAAUUAAUCUGAAUUAUAGACGGUCUUACAGACCUACAAAACAACUGCGGAAUGACCAUUUGUAAUAUCUGUCCAGACUGUCGUUACUAUAUCAUUCAUAGUCAGGGAUCCCUAGAACAUUUUGUACACCUGAUUACUAAUAAGCUAAUUUUUCGUGAGUACCUAGCAUCGUCUCGAUGAGACGAUCAACUUUUUUAUUUACGAAAAUUCUUGGUACUGGUAGCUAAGUUACCAGGAAAUUAAAAUUUCAGAGCAAUUUGUAGGACAAUAAGGACUACUAGCUAGCUACUCAUGAAAAAUCUGCUUCUUAGUAAUCAGUUGUAAAAAAUGUUCUAGAGAUCAGGCUUAAAUUACACAGAAGGAUUAUAUUGAAUGUGAGCGACAAUUUCUUUUUUUUUGGCAACAAAGUUUCUACCAAUAGUUAUAGGUAUCAGGUUAUCAUAUUGUCACUAUGACGAUAAGAUUGUUGUUUCUUUUUGUAUUAGCCUUUAAGAUAGGAUUCAUGUAAAGCACAAUGCAAAGUUUCUCUGAAGCACAAACUUCUACUGUGAGCUCCAAGAGUUAACUGACAAUUGUUAAUGUCUUGUGUUGCGUUUACGAACUUCAAAUAUCAAAACAUCGCAACUUUUUUUUUUUAAAUAGGAGCUACUCCAAAAUUGCCCAGGUGUAAUGCAAACUACCAAGAGACCUAAUGAUAUAAAUGUAAUAUUUUGCACUUGUUAUUUUAAAAGAUAUAACCAGAAAUCUAGGAAGUAGCAGUAUAUAAAUUAAUUUAAACUUUUAGCUUCUAGGUAUUUUUUGAAAUGUCAUGGUAGGUACUCAAUAUGCAAUAACCCCGCUAGCGAUCGAAAUAUCAACCCAAGGGUACAAGUUUCAUCGUCCUGCAUUAACUUUUUUUUUUCUGGGGCAAACAAUGUAUGGAGAGUGGGACAUCUGCUUUGUAAAACGAAACUAGUUGACUGACUAACGUCAUUACACACACACUAGUUUCUAGCUAUCUAGCUUAAAGGUGUGAUUUUCAGAGCUUACAUUCUAAAAUUUCUUCUACUCAAAUAGAGCAUUUACUUACUCAUGUUUUUAUCACAAGAUCAUAGACAGAGAUGAAGUUUGUGAGGUUUUAAGGGGUAAUCUCUGGAACAACUGAACCUGUUUUAAACUAUUUUUUUACCAAUAAAAAGCCAGUUCAACAACAUAUAAAUUUUAGUGAACUGCAUUCCCAUGAGAACGGGAACUGUACGGGUAUAACCGCAAGGUGUUUGUUAAUAUCUAACUAGCAAACACUAUUAUUAUUCGUCAUCAAACCAUAUACGGCUCACUGCUGAGCUCGAGUCUCCUCUCCCAAUGCGGAUUGGCAGACUUCACACACGCAGAAAAUUAAAUAAUUCUCUGGCUUGCAGGUUUCCUCACGAUGUUUUCGAGACACGUGAUAUUUAAUUUUUAAAAGUUGGAGGUACAUUUUAAUAUUUCUUUCAAUUCUGAGAUGAUCACAGAUCCAGAGUUUAUUUAUAUGAAAAAAUAAUAACGAACUGUUUUAAUUUAUGUCGCGUUUCAUAGCAAAAUGUAUAACAAAAUACACGCUAAAAGGCAAAAGUUAGAGGCAGAGAAUACGCAUUUUACGACCUCGAAUUUAGUUAGGUAUAAAACUAAUUUUAUUUAACUAUUGUUAAACCAGGUAGAAAAAGUACGAUUAUUUAAUUUUAUUAUUUUUAUAACUAUGUUGUCAGUUAAGUUUAUGAGCAACUAAUAUAGAAAUUAUCAGUUAACGAAAAUCAAUUGGAUUGUAAUUUAUAUUUUAUUACAAUAGGCGACAGAAUAGUGAUUUCUCCUUGAUUUACCAUAUUUUGUUUUGACUAAAGGACAAUAAGAGAAAUAUGUAUUCGUAAGAUGCCAGUGAUAGGAUUUAUCAUGAUUCGGGCCUUUAUAAAUACUUAAAGUAAAUAAGGUGUUAGUAUACAUAUUUUGUUUAAGUUUUUUAUAAAACCUUCGCUUGUUAACUUGUUAUUUAAAUUAAAUUUGACUUCCAAAAAGGAGGUUUUUGGUCCAGCUAUAUUUGGUUUCAUAAAUUAGUCAGAAUGUUUUGAAUAUCCGUUGUAUUUUGAAAAAAAAAAUUCUUUCUUUUAUCUGUGUGGGCAUCAUUUUAGCGGCCUUUGCUUCUAACACUUGAAAUUAUUUGUUUAACUUGUAGAUUUGUAAUUCUAAUGAAAAAUAGAUAAAAAGUGUAUAAGAUAUUAUGGCACGCCCGAAGCAUUUAAAAGAAAAUGAAUAUUUUUUAUUAAGUUACCUACAUUAUAAUAUAUUGUAUUUGCAGUUUAGAUUGAAAAUGACAUGAAAAAAUCUCUUUCAUCGUAGAGGUGAGAAAAUUAAUAAUUUCUUUCUUUUUUAAACUUGGGUACUCUUUAUUUAAAUAUUUUUGACUCUAUUCACAACUAAUAUUUUUUCCAUAUUUAAAAAGUAUUAGGUAUGGUUUAAUGAGACAUUUUGUAGAUGAACGAAAUGUGAGAGAAUUAAAGGAAAAUAUGAAUAGUGUUUUACGAAUUUGCCUGAUUUAUAUUUGAUAAAAUCUUGCCUGUACUGGAUUAACCUUUGUUUGGAAUAUUGUCGUGUAAGAUUUAAAAACAAUGUUUUAAUUAAAUAUCCUUUUUAUACUUAAGUGUAAUUUAUGACUAAUGGAAAAAAUAAAUAAAAUGUUGAAUUCAUUAAGACAAUAAUAUUGUUAAUAUUGUUUAGUGUAUCCAACAUUAAAACUAUA